AUGUCACUGGAUAAUGUGAAGAAGAAGACAACAAUGUUUACAAUAACUUCGGCUACAACUCAAAAAAGUACAACUGAGGAAUUAUUUGAAAUACCUAUAACUCAUCAUUUAUUACCUAUCUGUCUUAUGGCACUCAUUCUACUUACUUUAUUAUUAGCAUGUCUUUAUGAUUGCAAAAUUAAUAGGGAUUGUUGCAGGAAACGUUCGGAAUCAGGAUUACCAUGGUUUGCUAAAACUGGUAUUUAUUUAUAUGAUGGUGAAACGGGUGAAUCAAGAGUGUCCGGUAGCGAAUAA